AUGGCGCCCGGGCUGGACGACGAUGAGCUCAAGUCGGUGGAGCAGAUCCUCUCGCGGCUGGCGCAGCUGUCGAGCAGCAUCCAGAGCUUGAAGAUGGACAUAAUGAAGAGCAACCCUCUUCCGCACCCGGACUCGCUGCGGGCCUCGGCGCAGAUCCUCCAGCGCAACCUGCAGACGGUGCUGGACUGCGCCGCCGAGAACGCGGAGCUGUUCUCGCGCGUCGCCGUGCGCCCGUCGACCAACUACCCGGGCCGGGCGCAGGAGAACGUGCUGACGCAGCUGCUGCGCAAGAAGCUGGAGCCGGACGUGGAGGAGCUGGUGGCGCGGGGGCGCGAGGCGUCGCGGCUGGCGACGCCGGCGGGGCUGGCGGACCUGCAGGCCGUGUGGGACGAGCUGCGCGCGUGGACGCAGAGCCGCAUCGCGGCGUACGUGCGCGACGAGGCGGGCGACGCGUACACCAAGGCGGAGCGGGAGAUGGGCACAGAGAAUGUGCGGACGGGUCUGCGCAGGGACAUUGAAGAGGACGAGGAGGAAGAGGAGGAGGAAGAGGAAGAGGAAGAUGAGGAGGAUGAGGGAGAGGAUCAGGUGAUGGCGACGGUGGUGCCCGGGGGUAAUGGUGACGGUGGCGCGGCGCCGCAGCGCAGAGGACCGGAGUUGGAGACGCUGCUGUGGUUCAUGGCGCGGGCGGACUUUGACGUCCCGCGGAACGUAGAGUAUGAGCGCAAGGGCGGCGGUCCGCCGAUGCGAGGCUUGGAUGGCGUCGGCAUUCCGCCGGAGAGAACCGGUGGUGGGCAGCCAGGUGUACCAGGCGGUGGGCAGCCAGGUGUACCGGGCGGUGGGCAGUUUGGCGGACUGGGAGGCCGACAGCUGGGAGGUCUGGCCGGGAACGCGAUGCAAAUGUAG